CUCGCACCUUCUCUGCUUCUUCUUCUCAACAUCCAUUUCUUUUCCAUUCCAAGACAAGCUAUGGCUGAUGCAAUUGUUUCUGCUCUCGCGAGUACAAUCAUGGGGAACUUGAAUUCCUCAAUUCUUCAAGAGCUUGGACUUGCUGGGAGCCUAGAGACUGAUCUUGAACAUCUCGAGCGCACGUUCAUAACUACUCAAGCUGUGCUCCAGGAUGCAGAGGUGAAGCAGUGGAAGGACCAGGCUAUAAAGGUGUGGCUCAGACACCUCAAGGAUGCAGCUUAUGAUGUUGAUGAUUUGCUAGAUGAGUUUGCCAUUGAAGCUCAGUGGCAUCAGCAGCGAAGAGAUCUCAAAAAUCGACUAAGAUCCUUCUUUUCUAUCAAUCAUAAUCCACUUGUUUUUCGACCAAGAAUGGCGCAUAAAUUGAAAAAUGUGAGAGAAAAACUGGAUGCUAUUGCCAAUGAGAAAAACAAGUUCAAUUUAACACCACGAGUUGGGGACAUAGCAGCUGAUACCUACGAUGGGCGGCUUACCAGCUCACUCGUGAAUGAAUCAGAAAUUUACGGAAGAGGCAAGGAGAAAGAAGAACUAGUCAACAUCCUGCUCGCUAAUGCAGACGAUCUCCCUAUUUAUGCUAUAUGGGGAAUGGGGGGCCUCGGCAAAACAACACUUGCUCAAUUAGUCUUCAACGAAGAAAGGGUUACACAACAAUUCAGUUUGAGGAUCUGGGUGUGUGUAUCUACUGAUUUCGACGUAAAAAGAUUAACAAGAGCCAUCAUAGAGUCCAUUGAUGGUGCCUCUUGUAAUCUUCAGGAAUUGGAUCCCUUGCAACGAUGCCUCCAACAGAAGUUAAAUGGAAAGAAGUUUUUGCUUGUAUUGGAUGAUGUGUGGGAUGAUUAUGGUGAUAGGUGGAGUAAAUUGAAGGAGGUAUUAAGGAGUGGAGCUAAAGGUAGUGCUGUCAUAGUAACUACGCGUAUUGAGAUGGUUGCUCUUAGAAUGGAACCAGCUUUUGUCCAGCACAUGGAGAGAUUGUCUGAAGAAGAUUCAUGGCAUUUGUUUCAACGGCUAGCAAUUGGGAUGAGAAGGAAAGAGGAGCGGGCACGCCUGGAAAACAUUGGAGUAUCAAUAGUGAAGAAGUGUGGUGGUGUUCCUUUAGCUAUAAAGGCACUAGGGAACCUAAUGCGGUUAAAAGAAAGUGAAGACCAGUGGAUAGCUGUCAAAGAAAGUGAGAUUUGGGAUCUAAGAGAAGAAGCAAACGAGAUCUUACCUGCUUUGAGGUUGAGUUACACUAAUCUAUCACCACAUUUGAAGCAAUGCUUUGCGUAUUGCGCUAUAUUUCCGAAAGAUCACGUGAUGAGGAGGGAGGAGCUGGUUGCUUUGUGGAUGGCAAAUGGUUUUAUUUCUGGCAGAAGAGAAAUGAAUUUGCACGUUAUGGGCAUUGAGAUAUUCAAUGAACUAGUGGGAAGGUCAUUUCUGCAAGAGGUCGGGGAUGAUGGAUUUGGCAACAUAACAUGUAAAAUGCAUGAUCUUGUGCAUGAUCUUGCACAAUCCAUUGCAGCACAAGAAUGCUAUACGACAGAAGGCGAUGGGGAGUUGGAAAUUCCUAAAACUGCCCGUCAUGUGGCUUUUUAUAACAAAUCAGUAGCUUCGUCUUAUAAAGUUCUCAAGGUCCUAUCACUUCGCUCACUUCUUUUGAGGAAUGAUGAUCUUCUGAAUGGAUGGGGAAAGAUUCCUGAUCGAAAACAUCGAGCCUUGAGUUUAAGAAAUAUCCCGGUGGAGAAUUUUCCGAAGUCAAUUUGUGAUUUGAAACAUCUAAGGUAUCUAGAUGUGUCACGCUCCAAGAUCAAAACACUGCCUAAAAGUAUAACCUCACUCCAAAACCUCCAGACACUAGAUUUGAGAUAUUGCUCAGAACUCAUCCAAUUACCAAAAGGUAUGAAGCACAUGAGAAAUCUUGUCUAUCUUGACAUAACGGGUUGUUAUUCACUUCGAUUUAUGCCUGCUGGAAUGAGACAAUUGAUAUGCCUGCGAAAACUUACCCUUUUCAUUGUGGGUGGGGAGAAUGGUCGUGGCAUGAGUGAGCUGGAAAGGUUGAAUAAUCUUGCUGGUGAAUUGAGCAUCGCAGAUCUUGUGAAGGUUAAGAAUUUAAAAGAUGCCACAAGUGCCAAUUUGAAGUUGAAGACAGCUCUUUUAUCACUGACUUUAUCUUGGCAUGGGAAUGGAUCUUACCUUUUUAACCCUUGGUCAUUUGUGCCACCACUACAAAGAAAGAGUGUUAUUCAAGAAAAUAACGAGGAGGUCCUUGAAGGGCUUCAACCUCAUUCAAAUCUGAAGAAGUUGAAGAUAUGGGGAUAUGGAGGUUCAAGAUUUCCUAAUUGGAUGAUGAACUUGAACAUGACGCUACCAAAUCUGGUAGAGAUGGAGCUAUCAGCAUUUCCCAACUGUGAACAACUUCCACCAUUGGGGAAACUACAGUUCCUCAAGAGUCUUGUAUUGCGUGGAAUGGAUGGUGUGAAGAGUAUUGACAGCAUUGUGUAUGGAGAUGGGCAAAAUCCAUUCCCAUCUUUGGAGACGCUGGCUUUUCAGCACAUGAAGGGAUUAGAGCAAUGGGCUGCGUGUACUUUUCCUAGCCUUCGAGAGUUGAAGAUAGAGUUUUGCCGUGUGUUGAACGAAAUACCAAUUAUACCCUCCGUCAAAUCAGUACACAUCCGGGGAGUUAAGGAUUCAUUACUGAGGUCAGUUAGGAAUCUCACUUCCAUCACUUCUCUUCGUAUUCAUAGGAUUGACGAUGUGAGGGAGCUUCCUGAUGGGUUUUUGCAAAAUCAUACCCUCCUUGAAAGCUUAGAAAUUUGGGUGAUGCCAGAUCUGGAGUCUUUGUCAAAUAGGGUAUUAGAUAACCUUUCUGCUCUUAAAAGGUUGACUAUUAUAUUUUGCGGGAAACUUGAAAGCUUGCCAGAGGAAGGUCUUCGUAACCUCAAUUCCUUGGAGGUUUUAGAGAUAGACGGUUGUGGAAGAUUAAAUUGUCUGCCAAGGGAUGGGCUGCGUGGCUUAUCUUCUCUUCGCGAUUUAGUUGUUGGAAGUUGUGAUAAAUUCAUAUCUCUAUCAGAGGGAGUACGGCAUCUGACGGCACUUGAGAAUUUGUCUCUUUAUAAUUGUCCAGAGCUGAAUUCAUUGCCAGAGAGUAUCCAACAUCUCACUUCUCUCCAAUCUCUAUCCAUUGUGGGUUGUCCAAAUUUGAAGAAAAGGUGUGAGAAAGAUUUAGGAGAGGACUGGCCUAAGAUAGCUCACAUUCGUAAGAUUAGAAUCAAUUAAAAUUGAUAUGCAAAAUUUGUAAUGAGAAUAAAAUAUAUAUUUUUCGUAGUUUUAAUUUGUUGUAAUUGUUUAAAUAAUUGUCUCAAAUUGAUUGUUGUUUUAUUCUUCAUAUAAAUGUGUAAAAAUGAUUGGUUCAUUAUUUGUUUUAA